CUUAAUAUAUGUUUAAUUAUAAUAAAACAAGUCUAAGUUAGUAUUAAAUUUUGAAUUAAAAAAUUUGCUUAAAAAAACUAUUAUUUUUUCAGAAAAGCAAAUAAAUAUUACCAUAUUGUAAAUAUUAAUCUUUAGCUGAUAUAGCGUAAAGUAAUUUGUUUAGGUAUUUUCAUAGAAAAAGCAUUUAGAGACCAUUUUUAGACUUAAGUUAAUUUAUUUUUUGAGGUUAAAUAUUAAUGGAAGCUGAUCAAUUCAUAAAAUGCUAGCAUAACAACAUUAGAAUGUCUUUAAAGCAUUAGAGUGGUAAUAGCAAAUAGAAGAUUGAAAUGCAUAAAGAUUUACCUGAAAAGAAAAGCAUAAAAGAGAAGCUAGUAGAUUUUUAUUUUACAGAAUUUGAUUCUAUUACGAAAAGAUACAAAAGAGGAAAGCUUGUUUCAUUUUUGAUAUUUAGCUUAUUUCAGCUUCAAUAAAUUUCUUUGCUUUAUAAUAAGUAAGUGCAAGAUUUAAUUAACAGUAGUAGCAGUUAAAAUAUUCCUUAGCAGUUCUUUUCGAUACUUUCUUAUUCUAGAAUUGACCCUCUCAUUAAUGAUUUAAUCAAUUUGAAUAGUGUUUAAGCAAAUGUAAAUGUAGCUCACCUCUCAAAGUAUAUCACUCUGAUAUGUUUUCUUCUAUUUAGCUUACUUUUUUUAAUUCACAUGACAAUAAGAUUGAUAUUCUACUUAAUAUACAAUGAACACUAAACAGUUGAGUCUCAUUUGAGAGUGUUGCAUUAGAAUUCAAAUGGUUAAACUCAAAAUUAAAAUGAAACAAAUUCUUUAAGUACUUACAGAAUAAAAUAAAAUAUUACAUUUUUAUUUGAUAAUAUUGCUUCAGUAUAUUAUUAGUUAGUCCUAUUUGUUUUUUACAUCCCAUCUGUGUAAAUAUUUUCAGAAAUUUAUAAUGAUAAAUUAAUGGGCUAUGGAUUUGCUUUAGCAUGCUUAAGCUUUUUCAAUCUGGUUAUUUAGCUACUUAUAGUUUUUAUUUAUAUUUUGCAUGAUUAUGACUAUGAAAUUUAAUUCUAAGACCAUCUUAGUAAGAGAGACUCUUUAUGGUCAUUUUAUCAUUUAUUUGCAAAGGGUGUAAUGGCUACAUUUUAUAAUACUUCUUGGGGCUUAGGUAUUUCCACAAUUCAUUGGGUCUUAAAGCUUAUUGAAGUAAUUGAGAUUUUUUUUGAGUUUCCCUAUCAUGACGAGCUUAUUCGAAAGUGGAACUGUCUUUAUUUAAUUUGCCAUUUUACAUUUUCUUUUGUUGCUUAUCUCUACAUCUUUCUUAAAUUGAGAUACAGUUGUAAUAUUUCUAUCAUAUAUUUAGUUGCUAUACCAAUAGCAAUGCUAUUUGGUGAGCUCAUUUAUGUAGGAAUGCAAAAUAGGAUUAAACAUGUAUAUAAAAACAGCAAAAAUCCUGCUCAUGUUGAUUUAUAUAUUAGAUAUCUUAAUAAGCUAUUUGAUAUGGAAUAUAAUAAAUAUACUCAAUUAAAAUAUGGUGUAGACUUUGAAUCUUUAUAUACAAACCAUAUUACUUCUUGCAAUGAUUUGAGAUGUUUUUGCUCUGACUUUUAAUACAAACCCUUUAAAUGGGAAAAUUUUAUUUAAAGUGAUGAUCGUUCUCUCUUUCUGUAAGGUUAUAUAGUAAACUUAUUCGAAAGAUAGGCAUCGUUUAUUUAAAACAAGAAGGAUAGUUAGACAAAUAAAUUAAGAUUUACAUAUCUUCAAUUUUUGAUUGAGAAUAUACAUAAUCCUACUAAGGCUUUUACAUAAAUUAUUUCUAGUCUUUGUGAAAAUAAUAUAUUUUCAAUUAAAGAAUAAUAUGUUUUGCAUAUCAUUAUGCGCAGAUGUUUGAACUCCUAUCGCUAGUUUUUUGUAGAUAGUAUUUAUUAAAAUUAAAGACUUCCUAUGCUAACAGUAAUAUCUUUUGAUUACAUAUUAGAGAGCAGCUUUAAUUUGUUUAAGGAAAUUCUUUAUUCUGUCAGAGAAUUUUAUAAUUUUCUCUCUUAAGAUUUAAUAAAUUUAGAAGUAGCUAAUAGUAUUUCCUAAAGGAUCAUCACUAAACGAUAUAUUUUAGAGCAGAAUAUUAGACUCUUGUUUGAUAUUAAUCCUAGAAACGAUAGUCUUUAUGGUUUGACAGAAGGAUUUUCUACUUUCCUUGAUUUUAAAAAUAGGAGAAUAAGCUAUUAUAAAAAAAGAAGCUUGGAUUUAUUGAAUAAAACAAAUAUUAAAUAAGAUAUAUAAAUUAGUCUAACAUACGCUAAUAGUUGCAUUAUUUACAUAUCUCUUUUAUAGCAAGGAGUUAUUUAAAAGUUAACUUAAUCAGCCGAAUAUAUUUUUGGUAUUUAAAAAAAUAAUUUAGUUGGUAAGUCGAUUGACAAUUUAAUGCCAGAUAUUUACAGUUAAAACCAUGCUAAGUAUUUACAGAAAUUUGUUGAUAAGGGUUCAAUGGAAAACUUAAAUGUUCAAAGAAGUUAGCUUUUCGGGAAAAGUGCCUAAGGAUUUAUUUUUCCUAUUUAGCUAAGAAUUAGAUUGAAUUAUAUAGGUAAUGAAGAUUUUGGAGUAUGUGGGUAGAUUACAAGGAUAAGAGAUAUGUAUUCUGAAUUUAUACUAUUUGACAAGGAUUUAAAUAUAUCAGAUAUUUCUAAAAAACUUUAUAAAAUUGCAUUUUAGCAAGUUUUCGAAGAUGAUAAAAAAAAAAUGAAGAAAAUUAACUUAGUAAGAAUGAUUCCACUAAUUGGAGCUUUGAUAGAUUAAAAUCAUUAAGAUUAAGACAAGUAUAUAGAAUCUGCAUUGAUGGUAAUCCCUCAGAGCCAAAAAUAGAUUACUUUUUUUAGGAGAAGAGAAUCUAGCAAUAAAGAAGUCAUUUAAAAAUAUUUAAAAGAACUGAAUUAUACAAAAUAUGCUUUCUUUGAAAUUUCUCUGUAAUAUUCUGCAUUUAAAUCAUCUUAUGGAAAUAUUUACAGAGCAUUAGAGAUCAAGAAAAUCAGAAAAAUAAAAAGUUAAGAGAGUAAAUUUUUACUCAUAACAGACUUCGUUGAGAGUUAUAAUAAACAAUUCUUUUCCUCUAUAACAUAUGAAUAAAAUGAUAAUCUGAAUUCCUCAUCAAGAUAUUUUGAUAAUAAUACUUUUGCUGAAUAAUCUCAAUUAAUUGCCUCAACUAUCUCCUUUAAAACAUCUAAAUAACAAUCAAAAUAAAAUAGAGAUUAACAAAGUGGAUAUAACGCUGAUUUAUUUAGUACUUAAAAGUCUAGAAAAAGAUAAAUAAAUGGUGAUUUGUUUAAUCAAAAAUUAGGUCUUCAAAAAAUAAUUAGAGUAGAGCUUUUGGUAAAUCGUUUUAUUCAUAACUUAAAAAGAGAAGUCUUUAAAAAGAGAAACUAAACAUUUUAGUAAAUGCUAUAAUAGAAUUAAAAGCAAUCAUCAAAUAGUUAAUUAUAAUAGAAAUCAUAAUUUAUGAGAGAAAGCUUGAAUAAAACCCCUUUACUUUUUUCGACCAAUUCAAAAAUACUUUCAGAUUCAAAUAUUUUAAAGAAAGAUACUGACCAAAGUAACAAUUUCAAUAAAAAAAAUAACUAACAACCGAGAACUUUGUAGCACAUUGAUAAUAUUUAUAAUUUAAGCAUAGAUGGAGGAGGGGGAGAAAAAGAAGAAUGUGUUAUAAGUAUUAAUUAUUUAGGAGAUAAUAUAAGCCAAAGAGGAACUGAAUUAAUGAUACAAAAUCAAUAGUAAGAUAGCAUUUAAAAAGUUAAUAUUAAUAGUCCUUUAUAUGCUGAUAGACCAAUAUUACAGUUUUAAAAUAAUUCAAAUAUUCCAUUAAGUUUAUGGAAUUCAGGAGUAAAUGAGUUUUCAGUGAGACAAGAAUAUCAAUAAUAUUUAGAAAAUAAUUUAAAUUUAAUGGAUUAUGAAGUAGACACUCUUUAAGACUAGAAAAAUAAAGCAGCUAAGGAAAGUCGUUUAAGUAACUAUAUUUAAAAUAAUGAAGACUUUGCUAGUCCAAGCACAAAAGAUCCUUCUUCAGUUAAUCAGCAAUUAACAAAUAAAAAAUCUCUAUAAUAUUUUGCAAGUAUAAGCUUUAAGAGUCCUAAAUCUGAAGAACCUUAAGAAAAUGCAGUAUUAGAAGAGCCAGCUUAGUUAUUUACUCCACACUUAAAAAGUGAUAACUAAUUGAUAUCAAGAAUGCCAGAAUAAAAAUUCUAUGAUUAGGUAGGAACAUGGGAAUAUAACAAAGUAUACUCUAGUCAGCUUGAUUCGCUUUCGCCAGUUAAAAGAAAAUAAUCAAACUUCAAACAUAGAAAUACAAUUUAAUUGUAAAAUAAGCAAUAGAAUGAUGCCUUAAAUGGAAAUUUUAAUAAAAUAAAAUCAUUGUUAAUUGAUGAGUUUGAAUAACAGAUAGAAAGUGAAGAUGAAGAAAAUAAUAAAACUAGGAAUAAAAACAAUACAUAAACAAUUUAUGAUUUCGAAAUUAAAAUGAAAAAAAAAAUUAUCAAUGAUUAAAAUAGCGUCAAAUCAGCUCUCAGCCAGCAAAAAUCAAAAAAAUUUUAAAUUAUCAAUAAAAUUACUACAAGAGCAAAACCUAUUUUAAUAUUUUCAAUAGAACUAAUUGGUAUUGUGUCCUUCUUUUUUAUGCUCACAGUUACUACAGGAAUAUUUAUAUAUUUGAAUACAAUUUUUUAGUAGAAUGUUUAAAAUUUUCAAAAUCUUCUCACUGGCCCUUAUCUUUCCUCAGAUUAUGCUUCAUUAAUGAAAGAAUACAAUUCAAAAAAUCUAUACGAUACAAACUAAUUCCCCUAUUUAAGUAGUUCAUAAACUUAAAUAAAAGACACCUAACAAAAGCUAUUAUAAAGCUUUAGAAAUGGAGUAAAGAAUCUAUUUGACUAUAGAAGUGAUGCAAGCUAUUCUGAUUAUGUUAACACUUAGCAAAUAACUGUUGAUUACUAUCUAAUAUUUGAUAAUGGAAAUCCAGAUACCUAUUCUUUUAAAUAAAACCCUAUGCAGUUUUUAAUCAAUUAUUCAACUCUAAUAUUAUAAACACAAAUUUAUUACAUAGUUCAAAAUACUAUAUUUAAAAAUAGUAUCAGAUACAGUGAAAAAAACUUCAUUUAAUAUUUCAAAGAAUUUUAGACUAUUUAAACUAUGGCUAAUGACUAAUCUAUUUCUAAAGUUAAUACUAUGCAACAGAAUAUAAUAACUACAAUAGCUAUAAUGGAAGUAGUGGCUUUUUUUAUUUUAAUAAUUGCAAUACCAAUUUAUUAUAAAAUACAAAAUUCUAGAGAAAAUUGGAUGAAAUUAUUUGCUACUUAGUCUCAGGAUAAGUUAUAAGAAAUGAUUAAUAGGAUAGAUUUAUACUUAGUGAAUUAAUAUGGCACUUUAAAAUAACUAGAAAAAGCUAAUUUUAAAAGAAAGACAGUUUCGAGCAUCGUAGGUUUGAAAAAGUAUAAUAUGAAACUUAUUUUAUUUAUUACCACAUGCUUAAUAUUGGUUUCUAUAUAUCCUAUCAUAAACCUUAUCUAUACACAAAACUUCAAAAAUGAAUUUGAUUACUAAAUAUCUGAAAUUGAAAUUAUUGUUAAAACUAGAGCUUAGUUUAAUACCGAGUUUGCAUUGGUUUUGAUUAUUGCAAAUAGUUUGUAUUCAAAAUAGACUAUAGACUAAGAUACUUUCAACUUUUACUAAUAAAUUCACUAGAAUAACACAUAAAUUAUAAAUUAACUUUAUUAUUUAUCAGAAUAAUUUACUGGAAACAGAUUUAAUAAAAACAUAUAUUAAGAUCUCUUGAUUGAUUCUUUAAAUAAAAAUGUUUGCAGCUCUAUAGAAAAAUAUCCUCAAUAUUAUCCAAGCAAUACUACCAUAGACAUAAUACAGUGUUAAUCAAUAUAUAAUUCAAUUUUUACUGAAGGAAUGAUAACUACUUUAAAAAAUAUUAAUGGCUAGUUUGAGAGUUUUUUAGAAAUAGCUUAGAGUUCUAAUUAAAGCUAUUAGUAAUAAUUUUAAAGUUGGGUGAUUUAAGCAGACCUUAAUUCUCUACUGAUCUUGUAAAGAUAAUUAUCAGACUAUUUAGAGAUUCUUUAGAUAUUUUUAAUAAAUAUGACUACUUAAUAUAGAGAUUACAUUUUAAAUAUCUAAUUCUGGCUUUAUUUUUAUAGUUUAAUUAUAAUAAUUGCUAUAUUUUUAAUAGGAUUUAACAUUUUUGUUAGGAAACUAACUACUUCAUUGUACAAAACAAGAAACUUACUUACUUUAUUUAAAGUAGAUUAUAUAAUAGAUAAUAGUUAUAUGAUGACUUUUUUAUCAGAUUAAAUUUAAAAGGGAAAAGUAGUUUGA